AUGCCUAACUCAAGUGAGCAGUCGCAUUUUGGUGGCUCUCUGAGCCAUCACGGUCCUGAAUGGAUUGAAGGAAAGAACCACAAGAUUUCAAGUCGCUGUCACUACUGUGGCACCAUGGCAGGUCGCAGGAAUUCUCUGGCACUUAGUGGGGGUGAUGGUGGAGUAUGGUCUCACCAUCACGUAGAUCUUGAUGAGAAACAGAAUCCAGUCCUCCAGUCUUCCCAGAUCCAACAGGACCGGCAUGGACAGCUACUGAGGAAGAACUCUGUGCCCGAUCUUAGCAGCAGCAGCCUCUACCUCAGACAAAUGAUGGCAAGCCUGGCCUCCGCACCACCUGUGGAUUACUACCUGACUGGUUCCACCUUAUCUGGUCAGCCACCUGAAGAGUCCGGGUUUUAUAGGGAUAACCAGCACCUGCUCACCAGAUCAGCGUCGCAUUAUGGGUCCAACGCUAGGGGGGUGAGGCCUACCUGGGAUCAAGGACAGGCAAGGGCCACACCUACCGUGUUGGCCUCUGCUUCAACACCUAACCCCAUGCCUCCUCCCCCUCCCCCUCCUCCCCCGCCUCCUCCACCCCCUCCUCCCCUUCCUGUUCAUGAGCUGAGCCGUUUGUACAGGGAAACUCUAGGAUCUAAAAUGAUCCCAGACGUCCAGCGUAUUGGCGGCAGCUCUCCUGGUCCUGCAGUCUACGGGGGCCAGCCCCCUCUUCCUAUUUACGCUGCUGGGCCACCAUCUCUCUCUGCUCACCAAGCUUACAACAAUAUAAACUGCGUGCCCCUGAACUGUCAGCCAGCUGCCACCAAUACUGUGGUGGACCCAGCAUACCAGGGAAUGGACGGAGCUUUCCCCCGGGCUUAUGGAGCUAUAGCCUCUCAAAGGCUACCUUAUGACCCAAAUUAUGACGCCAGUUCAGCAAUGGUGGCUACGACAGCUGGAUUUACCUCUGGUCUGCCUCUUCACCAUCCCAGUGCUGCAGACCCCAAGAAGAUGGUGGACCCUACCUUCCUGGCUUCCCUGCGAGCUGAAGGCUUGGCUGAGAGCACUAUCACUCUUCUGCUGCAAAAUGGCUUUGAUUCCCAUGCCACCCUGGGGAUGAUGGAGGACCAUGAUGUCCGCUCUGUGGCCCCUAACUUGGCCCAGGCCCGUGUUCUCUCACGUGUGGUGCUUGGUUGCAAGACAAGUGGAACAGCACCACGAACACGAUCCAACAGCUUUAGCCAUCGCAAUGACCUCUACAUGCAGCCCCAGGGUUUGACCAUGGACCCCAACCUGAUACAGCAACCUGCCAGCACUAUCCAGAAUGUGUCCCCCAGGAUGGGAGAAUUUCUUGGCAGAAGACCCAGUAGUGCACCCUCCCAACACCUACUGGAGACCACCACCUACCCAGGAUCACGGCCUAUGGGAAGUGGAGCUUUUCCAAUUAGCCCUGGAGGAUAUAGCAAUGCUGUGACUCAGGGAAGACCCUUCUCAAUGUAUAAUGCCCACACUGGUAUUGCCAUGUCUGCUCUUGGACAACAGCCUCCAUCAGCCCCAGGCACCCAUGGAGCAGCACCAAAAACCUAUUCUGGCUCCUAUUCCCCCAUGGAGCUGAUGAAGAGAGCACCCAACCUUCCUCCAGCAUCACCAGCAGCAGCGCCAAGCCCCCUUCACAGCCCUCAACUGCUCCGGAAAGGGAUCAAUGCUGCCCCAGAAAGUACCAUUGUUCCUGUAACCUCUUCCUCCGCUCUCCAAGCGCAAAAUCUUAACAACAGCAAGAUGGUUGGACGUCGCACUGGUCCUCCUGUCAUUGUCUCAACCAUGAUCACCACGCCUGACACAAGUAAUGUCAAACCUCACCUAUUUCACUAA